CAUCGUGGGGUGCCAGCCCCUGAUGACACUUUGGAAUGGAUUUUACGUUGUGAAGAGAGACCUGGACUAGAGGCUCACUAUAUCAAUGAUCAAAUUGGAAGGGGAGUCUUCGCCACAGACAACUUUGAAAAGGAUACUUUUCUAUUGGAAUACUGGGGGGAAUCCAUCGAGGUAUGCAAACUGCAAAGGGAAAAAAAGGAAGUUAUUAAUCAAAUGCAUAUCUGCAUUAUUGCAAAAAGAAAUAUCAUUAAGGGCGAGGAGCUUAGAUAUGACUACGGCAUACAAGACCUGCCGUGGAGAAAAAAGAAAGGYAACCACAAGAUGCAAAAUAUAAAAGCACCCAAAAGCCCUUUAAAAUCAAAGGAGAUGAAUCUACACAACAGCAGACUGCAGAUGAAUCUACACAACAGCAGCAUGGAGAUGAAGCUACACAACAGCAGCCUGAAGAUGAAUCUACAGAACAGCAGCCUGGAGAAGAUAUCGUUUCGGACUCUGAAGAAUCAGACGUAUUCGAAACAUCGGCAAGUAUUCGAGAAAUCCCAACGAAACCUAAUCCUGUUAACAAAGUUUUUGGCAAGAACAAGAACAGUCGCAAAUGGUUAUUGGAUUCUAGCUCUGUUAGUAGAAUCUUACUUUCUAGCUUAUUUUACGAGUUAUGGGAAAAGAAAUUGAUAACUGUACGGCAGUUUCAGCUUCUCUUACAAU